UUCAACAGUUUUUGCCAUCCCUCUAUCUACAACAAUACUUUGACAUAAAAAAUAAAUUAAACUUAAGUAAAAGAAAUGGCAAUUCUGACGUGACCUUUAGCUGUCAAUUAGCGGUCACAACAUGCUAGCGCACACACUGAUGCGCAGUCGGUCGGUCGGCUCGGCUGUGUUUUGACGGGUUACAGCUACGGAAAAUGAAACGGCAAAAGCCAUCCAGGGCGCAGUUUCGAAAGCGCAGAAAAUUAGAGCAGGAGAAGCAUGCAAAAGAGAAAGAUUCACUAUUAAAAUAUUUGGGACCACCUGCAGCUGAAUCAUCAGGUUUCCUCAGAAAGCCUUAAUCCUCUACCACAAGAAACUACAAUUUAAAACAACAGAUUUCCUUUCAGUAACUUUCAAGAGCAUCUACACAGCUGAAGGGCAAUUGUCGUUUUAUGUCUUUCUACAAAUCAUUUACCAAAAAUCUCUGCUUCUGUCAGCUCUCUGAAGAUACUGGACCCGAAGGGCUGCUAGGAUGGUCUGGCCAGCCGCAGAGAGAGGGGCUGCAUUCAGACUGCUACAGAGUUAACGUUACGCAGAUAGCUAUGGUUCAAGCCAAAACUUGGGUCCUAAAAUGGCACUUCGAGGGAUUUCCUAAAGAUGGCGACUUCGAGCUGAAAGUAGUAGAGCUUCCUGAGCUUAGAAAUGGAGAGGUUCUUCUGGAGGCCGUGUUCCUCAGUGUGGACCCUUAUAUGCGACCAUUUAGUCGUGUUCGGAUGCAGGAUGGAGAUGUGAUGAUUGGAACUCAAGUGGCCAAGGUAAUUCAGAGUAAUAAUCCUGCGUUUCCAGUGGGCUGUCAUGUGGUUGGUCGAUGUGGCUGGAGAACACAUACUGUGUCAGAUGGGAGUGAUAUAACACGAGUUUUGGCUGACUGGCCUCAGGAUGUCUCCCUCUCACAUGCUCUUGGAGCCAUUGGGAUGCCAGGGCUGACUGCACUCUAUGGUUUGGAAGAGGUCUGUGCCAUCAAACCAGGAGAAACGUUACUGGUGAAUGCAGCCGCAGGAGCAGUGGGCUCUGUAGCGGGUCAGAUAGCCAAACUUAAAGGCUGCAGGGUUGUGGGCUCAGCUGGUGCUGAUGACAAGGUGGCAUACCUGAAAGAGCUGGGCUUUGACCAGGCUUUUAACUAAAAGACCGUCUCCUCGCUGGAGGAGGCACUGAAGAACGCUUCACCUGAAGGAUAUGACUGCUACUUUGAGAAUGUUGGUGGUCACUUUUCCAGUGUUGCUAUUCAACAGAUGAAGACUUUUGGCCGUAUUGCUGUGUGUGGAGGAAUAUCCCUGUACAAUGACACCACCCCUCAGACAGGACCUUAUCCACACCUAACCAUGAUUUUUAAGCAGCUGAAAAUGGAAGGUUUCUUGGUGGGUAGGUGGGAGCAUAAAAAUGAAGAGUCAUUGAAGCGAAUGUUGACCUGGAUGCAGGAGGGAAAGCUGAAGUGCAGAGAGCAUGUUACUGUUGGGUUUGAAAAUAUGCCUGCUGCAUUCAUGGGGAUGCUGCGAGGGGAAAACAUAGGGAAGGCCAUUAUUAAAGUCUAAUGCCAAAUCAAUAAAGGUUUCUUGUAUAAUUGUGGUAAA